AUGCCCGCGCAAGGCGCAAUCGAGAAGCUUCCCAAGGAGGGCGGAAACGAGCGUGAUGGUGCGCGAGGACCUGACGAGGAGGGAAGGGGAGGAGACUCUGAUCGGGAGGGUGUUUUCGAAGCGCUCAAGACGACGCUCGAGACGAGGGGGAAGGGGAGGGAGAGUAGUGUGCGGGUAUUUGUUACGGCUGUCGAGGCUAGGAUGGCGAGUGCGGCUUUGAGCCUCGUGCGGAAACUUGUCCCCGACGAUGGAGGCCUCGACCUUCAGCACCUCCGUCGUGUUGCAAAACUUGCCGACUUGCCAUCUCAAGUCCAAGUCCGGCUCACUGCUCCCUCCGAUAUGCCAGCAGAAGAGAGGGCUAAACGCACACUCUUUCUAAUUUGCGGUCCCACGACCGCAAUCUCCUUCCCAGACCUCCUGAUCCCACUGAGGGACAUACUGGGAGAAGCCGAGUUGUUCGAAGUCGACGUCCCGCUCCUGGCGCCUACGAGCCAGGAACAGGCUGAGGGCUGGACUCGGAGCUUUUGGCCGACGGUGUACAAGAAGAGUAACCCGUUCGGACCGCAUGUUAGCAUUCUUGCCCGUGCCGAGGAGGAAAUGAAGGAGGAGGUGGGACGGUAUUUUGAUCUUGCGGAGAAAGUGGCUGGAGAUUGUCGCGAUCGGGGAUUGGGUGAGAGAGUGGGUGUUUGUGUGGUCGAGAGGAAAGGGGGAAAGGGGAGGGUGGUUGCUGUCGCUGGGGAUGUGAGGUGGAUGGGCUGGGAAAAGAGAGUGGGCUGUGGAAACGUGUGCGCACAUGCGGUGAUGAGGGCAAUUGGCAUGGUUGCUGAAGGGGUGAAGGGGAGAGGAGAUGCUGAGGAUGGUAGACACGAUGUUGAGAUUGAGGGAGAUGGGGUGGCAGCUGCGGUGUUGGAAAAAGACCUUGGAACCUCCGCUAUAUCGACAGCAGCGGCGUCAGUUGACAAAAUUGAAGGAGCAAAAGGCGGUACGAUCAGUGCUCCAUCGACAGUAGAAGGUGUUCAUCGACUAGAUCCGACAAUCGCAGCAACAGAGGCGGGCCAUCCUGAGAUCUCUGGAUCAGCCGACACACAAGCUGGAGAUAUUUCUUUCACCUUUUCCUCCAACCAUACUGAUAGAGAUCAACAGCAAAAACAGACGCGAGCUCCAGAUCAUUCACUCGACGAGCUCUUCCAAGACACGCCCCUCCUGCCCCUCGAAAAACAGCACUACGACCCAUCCGGCAACCAGAACGGCUACCUGUGUCACGACCUCGAGAUAUACUGCACCCACGAGCCAUGUGUGAUGUGCUCCAUGGCCAUCGUGCAUUCUCGUUUCGGGCGAGUUGUUUUCCGGAGGCGCAUGGGGGAGACAGGUGGGCUGUGUGCUGAUGGUGAGCUGGGCCACGGUCUGUUUUGGCGGAAGGAGUUGAAUUGGACGCUGCUUGCCUGGCAGUGGAAGCGUGGCGAGGAGGAGGAUGGUGCCGGUGAUGUAGAGCCACAUUUGCACGCCUGA